AACUUCGGGGAUACAAAUUAAGUUGAUUUGUUGCGCUCGCGUUCUCAAAAAUUUCAAAUCGUGUGCAUAAAAACUGAUGUCCUCGAACUCGUCCUCGGACGCCGUAGCCGUGGCCAAGGCCGUGGCCAGCUGCAGGCUGGUGAAGCAGCAGCGCCGUCGGCUGGCGGCCUUCGACUUCGACCACACAAUUGUGUCGCAGAAUACGGAUACUGUGGUCCGCGACCUGCUGCCCACGGAGGUGACCAGUGCCCGCGCCCACGAGCUGGUGGAGAACGACUGCUGGACGGAGUACAUGGGUGAGGUGUUCCGCUUGUUGCAUGAGCAACAAGUGCCGGAGGCGCGCAUUCGCGACACCAUCCGCGGCAUCCCCGAGGUGCCAGGAUUCGUGCGGCUGAUCAAGCACCUGGCCAAGCGGAUGCAGUUUGACCUAAUCAUCAUCAGUGACUCGAACAGUGUCUUUAUCGAGGAGUGGCUGCGGGCGCACAACUUGGCCGACUGCUUCCUGGCUGUCUUCACCAAUCCGGCCGAAUUUGACGCCACCGGGCGCUUGGUGGUCCGUGCCCAUCACCAGCAGUCGGACUGCAAGCUAAGUGCCAGUAACUUGUGCAAGGGCCGCGUCCUAGAGCACUUUGUCAUCGAACAGGACCUGCGGCGCAGCAUCCGCUACGACCAUGUCUUCUAUGUGGGUGACGGCAACAACGACAUCUGCCCGGUGCUCCGGCAGCGAGCCUGCGACUUUGCCUGCGCCCGCAGCGGCUUCGCCAUGGAGAAGCAUUUGCUUCGCAACCGCAGCAAAUUGAAGCUGCGCGCCCAGCUUCUGGUUUGGAAGAGUGGCUUCGACCUGAUGGACCAGAUGCUGGCCCUGCCGCAGCUCCAGACCCAGGCCCCAAAUCCCAACCCGAACCCGAACUUAGGCACUGUCGGCGACGGAGGUGGGCCGGAGGAUGGCCAGGCCGAGAUGGCUCGACGGGCGUCGGCAGCUGCUUCCGCCGGGCAGGCCAAGUCGCCCAAUUAAGCUGCAAAUGGAUUCCCGUCCCCUACCCGCGGACGUCUCUGGUCCGUAGUUAGCUCUCCUCCGAACGUGGAGACCUCACAGCAGUACUGUCUACUGCCUACUGUCUACUGUCCACUGUCCUCAUCGCAUCGCAUCGCAUCCACUGCACCACCGUUCCCCAGUCGUGUAUGCUAAGAUCGUGUUUUGAUAGGCAACCUACAGGUUUGGUACAGUACCUUUUGGAGUCUGCUCAGUGAUGUCUAGUGCAAGGAGUCAAUUUCGGCUGCGCUGUUAGUGUUUACAAGUUAAUUCCAUGUGUGUAUAUUGUAAUUGUAACUGUUGUAAUUAUUGCAAGCUGUAUUAAGUGUCCAUAUUAUAUGCAUUUUGAACGUGUGUUGCCGUUACCGCA